AUGGGGACUGCAGCGGCGGCAGCGGCGGCGGCCGGGGAGGGGGCGCGCAGCCCGAGCCCCGUCGCCGUGUCGCUCGGCCUGGGCGUGGCCGUCGUGUCCAGCCUGGUGAACGGGUCCACGUUCGUGCUGCAGAAGAAGGGCAUCGUGCGCGCCAAGCGGCGAGGUACCUCCUACUUAACAGAUGUUGUGUGGUGGGCGGGCACAAUUGCAAUGGCUGUUGGCCAAAUUGGAAACUUCCUGGCUUACACGGCAGUCCCCACGGUCCUGGUGACUCCCCUGGGUGCCCUUGGAGUGCCGUUUGGGUCCAUUUUAGCCUCUUAUCUUCUGAAGGAGAAGCUCAACAUCUUGGGCAAGUUGGGGUGUCUGCUCAGCUGUGCAGGCUCUGUCGUGCUAAUUAUCCACUCCCCAAAAUCCGAGAGUGUGACCACGCAGGCUGAGCUGGAGGAGAAGCUGACCAACCCAGUGUUUGUGGGCUACCUAUGCAUCGUGCUCCUCAUGCUGUUGCUGCUUAUCUUCUGGAUCGCACCGGCCCACGGCCCCACCAACAUCAUGGUCUACAUCAGCAUCUGCUCCUUGCUGGGGAGCUUCACCGUGCCUUCCACCAAGGGCAUCGGGCUGGCGGCCCAAGACAUCUUCCACAACAACCCGUCCAGUCAGCGGGCCCUCUGCCUGUGCCUGGUGCUUCUGGCCGUGCUCGGCUGCAGCAUCAUCGUCCAGUUCAGGUACAUCAACAAGGCGCUCGAGUGCUUUGACUCCUCUGUGUUCGGGGCCAUCUACUACGUGGUCUUCACCACGCUGGUCCUGCUGGCCUCUGCCAUCCUCUUCCGGGAGUGGAGCAACGUGGGCCUGGUGGACUUCCUGGGGAUGGCCUGUGGCUUCACCACCGUCUCCGUUGGCAUCGUCCUUAUCCAGGUGUUCAAAGAGUUCAAUUUCAACCUUGGGGAGAUGAACAAAUCUAAUAUGAAAACAGACUAGAACGCAACAGGGGGUUGGGUGGUGCGGGGAACAGGAAGUAGAUAUGGUUUCUAGUCCUAAUUUGACUUGAAGUACAAGUGCCCCUAAACCACUGGUAUUAGGGUUGCUUGUAUAUCAGUGUGUGGUCUGGUGGAUAGGAGGGACAUUGCUCAGCACCGGCAGGAGCCUAGCCCUCUGGUCUGAAGUUGCUACAUGGUCGCCUGGGCAUCAUCUCUCUGACGAGAGGAAUUCAUGAUCAUUGCCAUUAACCUGGAAGCUUUCACGAAUAAUCCUUUCCUUUAAAACAUUUUCACAGUAUUUAAAUAGAAAAUAAAGAUGGGCUCGCCUUGGUUAGUCUUUGCAGGGGAGCAGAUAUUCUUACUUAGGAGAUAACUUUGGAAAUGAGAGAGAGUAUCUUGAAAUCUGACUCUGUAUAGUAAAUGUACCUGUAGUUGUGUUAUUUUGCAUUAAGCCUGUAUAACCUCAUUCAGGUAAGAGGUAUACCCAUUCAGUUGUUUUUAAUCCUCUAAUGAGCUGACUCUCCCUCCCCCCACUCCAAGACAGAUGGAGAGGAGAGUGACUACUGGCAGCACUCUGUUUCCGGAGGGCUUCCAACAGCUUACGUCGAUUUCAGUGCCUUUACCACUCGAACUAUUCACUUAAUUUCACUAUCCCUGUGCAUCUGUUCUCUUAGCUUAGAAUAACGCACCCUCCGUGACUAUUUAAUAUUUCACUGUUUAAAACAUAAAUGUGUAAAGGGGUUCUAUAUUCAUUUGUGGGAAGAGAGUCAAGACUAAAGAUGUAUUAGAAAGAAUUGGCCCUAUUAGCAUGUAGUUAUUGUCCCACUAAAGACAGUUGACUUAAGCAGCAUGAGGUAUUUUAUUUAUAUUCAGUCUGUGUAA